ACUGUCAGCACACACACACACACACACACACACACACACACGUGGCUGCUCGCUUGUGUUUAUACUGAACAGGAUUUUUUUUGCCAUGUUUAAAUGACCAAGGAAUAUGUUUUGGUUCAGAUGACAAUCGCAUAUAUUGUCGGUGCUGUGUGUCUUCUACUGAGCCCCUAAAACAUCUGUAAACAUCUGGAAGUGUUGGAGUUGCAGAAGAAUUGACUGUGUGCCAUGGCUUUGUUUAUGAUUAACCGAUAUCUAGGAGAGGAGGAGGAGGAGGAGGAAAGUAAAUCAAAUGGUGAAUCAAGGUCCAAAGCUUUGCUGAGCAAACUCCAGGAACGUGCCAAGGCCAGGGAACAAAAGAGUCUCGCAACUAAGAAGGAGUCAGAUGUCCAGGAUGUGAAGACGAGUGAACCAAGCGACGCAGGAAAGACUAAAAGGAAACUCGAGCAACAAAAAAAAGAGAAAACACAACUGACGAAAAAGAGGAAAGAAAGCAUUAAAGAGCAGGAUGCUGAUGCUGAUGCUAAUGACAUGCCUGCAGAACGUGCAGAUUUGUCUACGAGAAAGAAAAAGAAGAAAAAAGACAAAAAGGCAAACGUAAUUCAAGAGGACGAGCAACACUCAGAGUCCACUGGAGCAGUAGAUGAGCCUGAAAGCCAACAAACUGAAGAUGCUCAGCCCGAGCAGUCAAACACAAGCUCCAGCUUUAAAAUCCUGGGUGGAUUUGAGAAUAAGGCGGUUCAAAAGGUUCAGAGAGUGCUGCCUAAGUGGCUGGCUGAGCCCGACAUGAUCGAGAGAGACAUUACGAGCAAUUUGAUCCCUCUUGAUGACGUGCCAGGAAUUUGUCCUUUGCUACGGAAGAAACUGGAAGCCAACGGGAUCUGUAGCUUCUUCCCAGUUCAAGCUGAGGUGAUCCCCGCCGUCAUGGAGAGCGUGAGUUCAGGUCUUCUGAUCGGUCGAGGAGGUUACAGACCCAGAGACAUCUGUGUGUCUGCACCUACAGGAAGUGGAAAGACACUGACGUUUGUUAUACCUGUCAUACAGGUGCUGAUGACGCGAGUGGUGUGUGAAGUCCGUGCCUUGGCAGUGUUGCCCACCAAAGAGCUUGCGCAGCAGGUGUAUAAAGUUUUCUGCACUUAUGCUGAAGGAACUGGGCUAAAAGUUGUAAUGGCCGCUGGGCAAAAACCUUUCGCUGUAGAGCAGGCAACUCUUUUAGAAAACAGAGGGGGCGUCAGUCGGAGUUUGGCAGAUAUCGUCGUGGCAACGCCGGGGCGUCUGGUGGAUCACAUCAACAAAAACCAUGGUUUCAGUCUUCAGCAGCUUCGUUUUCUGAUCAUAGACGAGGCAGACCGAAUGAUUGACAGCAUGCAGCAGGCUUGGCUCAAUCAGGUCAUCAAGGCUGUGUAUAAAAGUGGGCGUGACUCAGGGGUGUCAAUCUUUAGGCGGGUGGAACCUGGACCAAUUACAGUGGCGAGUCUGUCUCCGCCACAGAUGCCGCUACAGAAGUUGCUCUUUUCGGCCACUCUGACGCAAAACCCGGAGAAACUGCAGCAGCUGGGCCUUCACCAGCCUCGUCUCUUCAGCUCCACACACGGCUCAGCAAGCGAAGAGAGAUUUAACUUCCCUCAGGGCUUGACUGAGUACUACGUCUGCUGUACGCUGAGUAAGAAGCCGCUUCUUAUCCUACACUUCCUGUUGCGUCUGAAGUUCAAUCCUGUUCUGUGCUUCACAAACUCAAGAGAAGCGGCACACAGACUCUUUUUACUGGUGAAGCUUUACGGUGGUGUGAAAGUGGCAGAAUUCUCCUCCAGACUUUGUCCUAGCGAGAGACAGAAGACUCUGAAGAAUUUUGAACAAGGGAAAAUCCAGCUGUUGAUCAGCACCGACGCUGCGGCCAGAGGAAUCGAUAUUAACGGAGUUAAAUGCGUCAUUAAUUACGACGCUCCUCAGUACAUCAGGACGUACAUUCACAGGGUGGGAAGAACAGCGAGAGCUGGGAAGGCAGGUGCGGCAUUCAGCUUCGUCUUAGGAGUACAGGAGGAGAAAUUUGUAAAGAUGGUCCGGGACGCCGGCAGUCCGAGUCUACAGAAGCAGACUGUAAAACCAGAAUGUCUCACAGGGAUGGAGAGCCGCUAUGAAGAUGUCUUAUUCGAGCUGGGCCGGGUUAUAAAGGAGGAAAACGAUCAGAAGCGUUUCUGAGUAACCAGAUGCAAGAGUAAAUAUUUUUCUCAUUGUACCGUUUUGUUCCUGUUCAGAAUUUAAAUUUUUCAAUAAAAAUGAAAAAUUAUGUUUA